UGACAGCUCAUUGUUGUGUUAAAAUUUGAUCUUUCUUUUCGCGUUCAGCGUAAUUCAUCCAGUAUUCUCUAAUUUAUUGCUAAAUUGUAGCCCCAAUUCUAUAAAUUUCCAUCAACUUAUUUGUACAAUGUGUGACUCUGAUAACGAGGAAUUCGAAAGUGCUGAUGAAGAUUUCGAGGAUGUGAAAAAAACGCAGAAGGUCGACAAAUUGAAUCCACUUCCUCCGGCUCCAAAGUCUGACGUGGAGCCUGCAAAAAUUGAUGGCGAUAGCGCUAGCGGGAAGCUGACCAAAGAUGACGAUGUUGGUGCUGACCUUGACCGGCUCGACAAGUCCGCAGAAGAACCUAAGAAAAGUGCAGUUAGAAAAAUUAUUAGACCCGAUAAAGAGCGGCUUAAGGAAGCCAAACUGGUUGUGGCCAAGGCUGGAGGAGAACCGAAAACUGCAGUGAAGCAGCUGGAGCCUACAACAACUGGCGAUGGCUGGGAUGACUUCGAUGACGAUUGGGGAGAUUUCAGCGUGGAUUCGAGUUCGGGCUCUAAGAAAACCAAGGAAGUGGACCAAAAGACAGCGGGAACGAACGCCAGCUACAAGGAUGUGGACAUUGAUGAGGUAGAAAACAAGCUGAAAGAUUUUAUGAAAGGACAGGACGAUCCUCCGGUGAGUUCCGUGCUGGAUCGUUUGUCUAAUCAGCAGGAUCCGAGCAAGUCGGCAGCGGCAGGACAAUCUUGGAGUGGGUGGAAACCCAGCUGGGGUGGUGCUGCUGUAUCGUUUCUUUCGUCAGCGUCGAAAAGUGUCGCCUCAAUUACGACCAACAUUUCUCAGGCGAUUGAAUCAGGAAUUGGUGUUCCUACGCCGGAAGAGAUGGCUAAGCGCCAAGCGGAGGAAAAAGCUAAGCUCAAAGCUGAUGGUUACGUACCGGAAGAGAGUCAACCGAGAAUCGAACCUGGACCAACGACUGAUCGCUUUGGAUUUGAUCAGAUCGUCUCGGGUGUGACCCAGAUAAGCAGUAAAGUCAUUACCGGUGGAUUGGAUACUUUGGAAGGGAUCGGUAAGAAAACGAUGACGAUUCUGCAAGAGAACGAUCCUGGUUUGCUGAGUAAACGAAUGAACGAUGGCGUCGUUUUGAGUCAGGUACUGCGUGAAGCCAAGGAAAAAACUGAAGAGCGCGAAAAGAACUUGAAGCAGGUACAAAAGCAUCUUUACAAAAAGAAGCUACACUUUGAAACCCUUUUCGAUGAUUAUCACGGUUUGGUGCACUUAGAAGCUCUGGAAAUGCUUUCCAAGCAAGCUUCUCUAAAACUGGAUUCUUUAAUGGUACCACUUACUGGAAAUGCCCUCGAAGAGUUACAAGAAACCAUGAACGAAGUCAAGGAGCUUUGUGAACUUCCGGAUUCGGAAAACGACGACGCUGACGGUACCCAUAGCGUUGAAGAGUUGGAACAAAAACUCAAGGAAGCCGUUACGGAUCUGGAUGAGGUGAAAGUCGACUUCCAAGAUCUACUAAAAUGUUGGCAAGAGAACCUCGAAUGGAUCGAAAAUACUUCAACCGUGCGAUCAUCACAACAGAUCUUCGAAAAGGCCUUGCAUGCACUCGCCCAAACAACAGCUCUGUGCGUGCUGCGGAUGCACAAAUUGGCCGAAAUUCUGCUAAUAUUGGAUCAUCACAGUACAGCCAACGAGGCCGACGCCUUGGUCCAGCUCACUACCGUGUUUUGUUGGCACUUGAGCGGAGUGGCAGCACGGUUUUCAGCGGAGUUGAGUAAACUGAAAGCGGACCAUCAAACGCGCCGGUCGGCGGGAGAGGAUAGCGAUAACGCACUGAUAACGAACAUUUUCUUAGAGGGUUCCAACAGUACUUCUUAUGUGCAGAAUGCUUUCCAAUUGUUCAUCCCAAUACUGCAAAUCGGAGCAGCGUAGUUUGCAUUCUUCUAGCAUGAACGCUUAUAAACGCGAGUGUUUCUAAUCUAAAAUCACGGUGUUUUAUCGGUUUAAAUAUAUGAAAGUUUAUUACUCUUCUCGUAA